GUAUCUUCUUGCUGUCACUCGUUGCGGGCAGAGGAGAGAUCUUGGACGCGCUUACCAGCGAUGCUUGCGGUGCGGAGUGCAGUCUUAGUGCCCUGCAGGUCAAGGCGUCCAAAGGUGAUGCCGACGACACCAGUGGCGGCUACUGCUAUGGCACCAGCAAUUUCUGCGCGACUCCAUCUCGAUCAACUUGCGAAUUCUGGUCCCAGAAGGGCUGUUCGUGGGUCAACUGGGCACCAAAUCUGGAUGGGGAGAGUUAUUGCGCGGGCUCCUCCUCGUUCUGUCGGACAAAUGACAGGAGUAAUUGCAACUUUUGGUCCAGCCAAGGUUGUGUUUGGACCCAGGGUGGUUGGGGACCACAUCAAGCUCGCAACGGUGGCAUGAGCUGUGUGGGCACGUCCAUGUUCUGUUCCACCACCAGCCAAAGCACCUGCGAGUUCUGGAAGAGUGAAGGUUGCAGAUGGGUUCAGCACUGGUGA